AUGGGUCCCAAAAACAUUGCGACGCUCCUCGGUUGGGCCGCAGUCGUCACGGCUUCAUACAGCAAUCGGCCUGACUAUGCUGGGCGCUUUACUUUCGCCGCCCCAUAUGACCAGUCAUUCCUGGAGGGCUACUCCAUUCUGAAGCAUAUUGGCGGCCUUGGACCGUAUAGCAAUCGCAUGUCAUAUGGCAUUGGACGAGAUCCUCCCGAGUCCUGCGCGGUGGAUCAAGUGAUCAUGAUCAGACGCCAUGGCGAGCGGUACCCACAAGGAAGUGAUGGCGAAUACAUUGAAGCUACCCUGAAAAAGCUGUAUGGUUUCGAUGUGGAGAACUGGAAGGGUGAUCUCACCUUCUUGAAUUGGUGGCAGUACUAUAUGGACAGUGAGGGUCUGUAUGGGCUGGAGACGGAAAGCGGCCCUUACAAUGGGCUUUUGACAACAUAUAAGCACGGUGCAGAAUAUCGUGUACGUUAUGGCCAUUUGUGGGAUCAGAGCUCGGACAAGAUUGUUCCCAUGUGGACCAGUGGGUUUGAGCGCGUCGUACAGACUGCCCGCAAAUUCGGCGAAGGUUUCUUUGGAUGGAACUACACCGACUCUGUCGCUUUGAACAUUAUCUCGGAGAGCGAGGAGAUGGGGGCUAAUAGUCUUACGCCUGAGUGUCCUGGAGAUACCGAUACCCAAACCUGCGACAGUCUCAGCCAGGAUCUGCCAGCAUUCCGCGUCGCUGCUGAGCGAUUCAACAAGCAAAAUCCGGGUCUCAACUUGAACUCGACAGACAUUUUCCAGCUAAUGUUCAUGUCUGUCUUUGAGCUUAAUGUCCGAGGCUACUCUGACUGGACUAAUGCCUUCACACUCGACGAGUGGAAAUGGUUUGGCUAUACCCAGGAUCUGCAGUUCUACUAUUGUGCUGGCCCUGGAGAUCCUUACUACAAGGCCGUUGGAUCAGUCUACGCCAAUGCUUCUUUGACCUUGCUGAACCAGGGACCGGCGGAAGUUGGCGCCAUCUACUUCAACUUUGCUCAUGAUACCAAUAUCACGCCAAUUUUGGCUGCCAUGGGUAUCGCAACACCAAGUGAAGACCUACCCCUUGACAAGAUUCCCUUCCCGUCUACCUACGAGAUCGGCAAUAUCAUGCCCAUGGGUGGCCACCUGACACUAGAAAGAAUGAGCUGCAAUGCAACAGUAGCCACAGAGAAGGGAACCUUUGUUCGGGUCGUGCUCAAUGAGGCCGUCGUCCCUUUCACGUCGUGCCAGGAGGGGCCCGGGUUUUCAUGCUCGCUAGCGAAUUACACCGAUAUGGUCAGCAAGAUGCUGCCUGACUUUGCAUCGGAGUGCAAAAUAAACAGCACUGUGCCGCAGCAUCUUUCGUUCUGGUGGGAUUACAACACCACAUCAGCUUACAACCACCAGACUGCGAUGUAUAUACCUUACCAGGGGGAUACCUAUGUGUAG